AUGCCUCUCUACGACUCCAAAGCAGCCUUCCUCGCUUCGGACAUGAAGGCAUGUCCCAUGCCGCCCUCCGACCCCUCUUGUCCUAUCUGUCGCGAGGACCUCCAGCCUCACGAGCCAGAAGCCUUAUCCACGGUUCCCUCAGGCGAAGCCACACAGAACGUCACCCCCACCCCUGACAGCUCCGCCGAUAACAAUGAUAACAUUGUUACCGCCACUGCCCUCACCGUCGAUGCCCACGCCCUACUCGCUGAACCACCUGUAGACCGCUCACCCGUCAGGGAAGACCACCCGCCAGUCAAGGAAGACCACUCCCCCGUCAAGGUCACCUGUUGCAACAACAUCUUCGGCCGCGAUUGUCUGGAAUCCUGGCUCACCAGGGCAAACAGCUGUCCAUUCUGCCGCGCCGAGUUCUUCCCAUCGCGGACUGUACCAACCGGAAGAUGGUUCAACUGGUUUGCUCGGGGCAUGGAGGCUCGAAUCGACGUGGGGUUGGAGGCAGCGAGAGCUCGAUCUGGAGAGGGCAUGCAGGCGGCGCAUGCUCGAUACACAGAGAUGAUGGAUCGCAUUACACUCACACACGUAGGAAAUCUGCGUGCACAGAUGAUGCUGGAGGAGACAGUGCUACAGCGUACGUUUGAGGCUCUGCAGCAGGCGAGCCCGGAUGUGGAAUUGGCGGACCAGGAUGACGCUGAGGAUGAGUCUGAGUUGUCCUUCGAGACCGAGUCGGAGGAUGAGUCUGAUUCAAUGCCCGAGCUAGAGCCGUUGGAUGAAAUGGAAGGGUACCACUCGGAGUCUGGGUCUGUUCUGAGCGAAGAUGAGGAUGACGAGUCUGAGUUUGAGGAUGGAGAUGAGGAUAGCGGUGAUGAGGACGGUGGGGGCGAUGGACCCCCGGAGGGACCUGGAUCUGGAGGCGCGGUUUGUGUUGAGUGCGCUCAUACAGGUGCUUCAGUGCGAGCCUAG